CGAUGGCGGCAGCCUCAGGUGCGGGGAGUCUCUGCAUUUUCCCCGCGGCUCCUGCCCAGCGCCCUUUAUUUCGCGGGAGCUGUGAAGGGGCCGGUUUUUACCGGGGCGAGGCAUCCGGUGGGCGACGCCUCUUAUUGCGGGGACACCUGCUGCCUUGCCUGGGACCUGCCGGGUCGCUGGGGGACAGGGGCAGGGGCAAGCGGAGCAGGCGGUGCUGCAGGGAGGGAGCCUGUGUGCGCUCCUGCGCUUGCUGCUCCCUGCUUUGUGUGGCACCCUUUCUAGUUGGCUUCCAGCAUUGAACCAGGGACCAGUGCGCACCCGAAAAACUAACAGAGUGAAAUUGUGUGUUCUUGAAGAUGGUAGUUCCUGGCAGUGCACCUGUCAUACAGCAAGAUCAUGCUCUGGAACCUGACCUGGGGCAGGAUUCAACAGAGAAUUCUGCUAUGGGUCCUGACACAGAACCAGGUGCUGAUCAGGUGGGUCCAGAGCUGGAGGAGGUGCGAAAGCUGCAGGAACUAGUGAGGAGACUGGAGAUCCAAAAUCAGCAGUUAAGAACUAGAAGCCGUAGAAGUGUGCUCGGCACAAAUGCUCAGAGCCAGAUUGACAGUGGCGUGGAGAACCAUGAUCCAGGUCUAAAUGGAAUGGAAAUUAAUAAUAGUAUCAACGCUAUCACUGAAAAGCACGAAUUACAAAUAAUGGCAGAUCUACACAGCAAGCUAAACAAAAUAAGAACAGAGGAGGAAGAGAGUGAUUGUUUAAAGAAAAACAUGAUUUCUGAAAUGCAGUACUGCAACAAUACUGCUACUGAAAAAGUGUCUCCUAAUUCAGAACACACAGAUAAUACAGAAAUACUGUAUAAUGAUGUAAGAGUUAGCUGUCCUUCAAGCAUGGAUAAGAGUAGCAGUAUGGAGCUUGGGGAAGACCUGAUCACAACAAGUAUUGAUUCGUCAGUUAAACCAAGUGAAGAGAGUCCCAAUAAGAAGAGUGACGAUCUAGGAGACCUCUUGAAUGAUACUGCUCUGGAUGAAGUGGAAGUGCUAGAACUAGGGAAUUGCAAUGAUGAAGAGGAUUGCUGGUUGUAUGUCUCUCCAAGAAAAUCCAUUACAGAUCAGAAAACAGAAUCGCCUCUGAAAUGGUGCCGGCAGGUGUUGGACAACCCCAGUCCUGAAACAGAAGCAGCCUGUCGAACUCUUAUAAAUCGACUUGACCAAGCCAGUAGGUGGAAAAACCUGUAUUGCAGUCCAUUGGCAUCACCAAGUGCACAUAACUUGAAUACAGAGACAAGCUCCUGUAGCAAUGCACUAAACUCUCCUGGGCACCUCAAAUCGACUAACAAAGCACUACUAACCUGUGGCAGCUCAGGUUACUUGAGUAUGCAUUCUGCACUGAGCUCUCAGUCCUCUGUGGACAGUGAGCUUAGUACAUCUGAUGACUCUAUCUCUAUGGGCUACAAACUGCAGGACUUGACUGACGUCCAGGUUAUGGCACGCCUACAGGAAGAAAGUCUCCGCCAGGAUUGUGCUUCUAGUUCUGCUUCAGUGUCUCGUCGUAGUUCCAGUGCCUCCCUUCACUCUCUCAGGAGAGGUACCUACAGCGACCAGGAGUUUGACACAUACAGUCUGGAAGAUGAGGAUGAUUAUGAUUGUUCCCUAUCCUAUCGUAGUGCUCACAGGUACUCACCAUCUCCUCUCAGCUCCCCCCGAUGUCAGUCCCCUUCUUCAGGAGCAGAUUACAACAGAGCAGCUACCUCUCGUAUUCGACCCCCAAGGAGAUCUGUGCAAAGCACCAUGCAAGAUCGACUGAAGUACACAAAUAAUGAAGAGGAGAUGCGUCACAGUAUGCCUAACUUGGCUAAGACAAGCCUUCGCACUCUAGAGUCUGUAAGGAGUAGCCGGAGUUUGGAAUCAGAUCUACAGGUGCCCAGCAGCCGACUUUCCAGAAUGCAGCAACCAUCAACAAGUUUGAAUCCCAGUAAGCUCAGGUAUUCCUCUAGUGCUGGUCAGUCUCCCUUAACAGUACGACAGCCAGUGAAAGGAGGGUCAUGCACAAAUUCUCUGUUAACACCAAGACAGCCAGUGAAAGCCUCCAGCUACACAAAUCCUGUUGGAGUUCGAAAACCACAGUCUUCUACUUAUAGUCCAGGGUCUUCCAAUAGCAGUUCUUCUACUACCAGGAGUAAUAUGGUCACGAUAGCCAAAAACUCGCCCAUCAAAGUACGGACAUCUGUAGGAGGAACUUCUACUCCUAAGAGCAAGCUGACACCCCCGUCCAAGAGAGUUCCUCAGUCGGCAAAAACCAGUCAGACAACUGCUGAUGAUUCUUGGAAGGAUGGAUGUUACUGAAGCAACCCAAAGAUGCUGAUGCACUGCCAAACAUCUGUGUUGAAGAACCCCAGCUGGCUGGGCAUAAGAAUACUCUAAAAUAUGGUUCUUUCCAGAUCCACUGCAUGGGACUGACUUAUACAUUCCUGAGCCCCCUCCCUCCAUCUCUAGAAUGCAGACUUUGUUCUUGACUUCAUUUAAUUUGUCAAGAGCUUGGCCUCUUAAUGAUAGAAAUGGACAAUUAUUUGUGUAAUGUAUCCCUGAACUCUGAAAAACUGCAGAAGCUUGAAUAGCCUUUGCAUCUUUAAUAUAGAUUUCUACCUACAGCCCAUUGUUGGAAGUGACAUUGACUGCGAUCCACUAUGACAUGUUCACAUGGAAACUUGCUUAAAAGGCCACAAGUUGUUGUGUUUGUGCCAGCAAGAAGCUACAACCUAUUGUUUGUUGCUCUUAGCAGGGGUUGGAGAGUGUAGAAAUAGCUGUAUAGGUGUUAGAAGGUUUGGGGUUUUUUUUAAUGCACCUGGUGUCAUCUAAUCUAGCUGGCUUGAAGCCCAGAAUUUUUUUUAUACUUAUUCCUGUAUAAAAUGUAUUUCUCUGCUACUUUUUAUUAAUGUUUCUCUAGAAGUCAAAGGCAGCUUUUAUAACUAUCAGUAGUACACUUCAGACAUGUUUGUAUCAAAGUGUGUGCAUCACAGUAGUGUCAGUUCACAAAUGAAGGAGUAAUACACAAUAUUUGUGUGGGUUUCUGAACAGGCCAUCAUAAUACAGUGGGUGGCACUUAAACUGAUAGUUGUCACAUUGCUAAGUUCUGUAUCUUAGUUGAGAAAAUACCAGCAAGCUUAACUUCUUGCAGAUGGUUAUGUCCAGUCUUUGGCACCCACUGUGUUAGAGAGACUACUUUUACUUGAAGUGUUUCUCUUCAUAAUAUACACUUUUCCCCAUUUCCUGUUAGUAACAAUUGCCCUUCAUUGGGUUUUGUAUGAAACUUUUUCUAAUUGCCUUUUUCAUAUGAAGGAAUUGGUAAAAUUGUCCCCCAUCUUCAGCAAGAGGCUGUUGAUUCAAAUGGAGUCCAUAAAAUAUGCACUGAUUUGAAUUCAGCAAUGUUUUCCCUGCCAUUAAUGUGAUUUGAUAGUGUAGCUUAAUAAAAUAUUAAGGUGCUGAAAAGUAGAUCUGCCUUAAUAGCAAGCAGGGAGUCUUGUUUUUUUGUUUAUGGUAACAUCUCUAGAAGUGUGAUCUGUAUCUCCCCUCUGCCCCAGUAAUAUGCAUUAAACUCUCCACUUGUCUAUUUACCAAACGUUAACUAAUGAGACGCACAAAAAGUUAGAGUCUAAAGACUACUGCUGAUUGGGUCAGCUUGUACUGCAUUGUUUAGCUGUUUAACUUAAUACCUUCUGUCCUUCAGACUUGUUUGCAAGCACUGAGAAUGGAGGCAAGAAUUGCACACAUCCCUGUUUUAGGGUCCAGUUGUCCAGACUGAGGGAGAAUAUGAGAGACCUUGCUUGUCAGCUUGGUAUGUUUGCUCCCUGUGACCCUUACUUUAUCUGUUGCAGGCUUGUCCUGUUUCAGUAGGAGUAAAGCUGGAAGAGUUGCACUAUUUUAGCUAAUUUGUAUCUAGUAACUAGAUUUUAAUGCUAGUUUUGUCUCCACUUAGUUUUGAGUGAUAGGCAGAAUUAAUCACCAGGGACCUGGGGCCAGCUGGCUCCCAGAGCAGCUUCUGUUCUGGAAAAUGUAACUUUUGUCUGCAGGAGACCACUUUUUGGGUCAGAUUUCUCCCUGCCCCCAGUUAUACUCAUUUCUGAAAUCCUCCUCCAAUAGCUGUUAUCCUCUUGUUAAACCCACUUCUCCUUUGGAACAUAUUUAGAAUCAUAGGAAGGUAGUGCUGGAAGGGACCACGUGAAGUCAUUUAGUCCAGGCCUCUAGCUCAAGGCAGGCUUGUCCUUGACUAAUCCAUCCCUGCCAAGUAUCUAACCUUUCUCUUAAAAACUUUGAAGGAUGGAGAUUCCAUGAUUUCUUUGGGUAGCUUGUUCAAAGCUGGCCACCUGCAUAGAAAAUUCUUACUGAUCUCCAACCUAAAUUUCUUCUGCUGUAGCUUGAGCCCAUUGCUCUUAAUACUAUCCCCUACAGCCACAGAGAAAAGUACAUCUCUAUCUUUUCUAUAAUUGGCCAUUUUGGUAAGUCUUCAAAUACCAAUCCCUCCCCCUGCCCAUCCUCUUUUCUCCAGAGGAAGUAACCCUUGUUCUUUUAGCCUUUCUGCAUAAGUCUUGUUUCCCAGGUCCCUCAUCAUUUUUGUUGUUCUGCAUGGGACUCCUUUGAAACUGUCCACAGCCUUCUUGAUGUGUAGAACACAAAACUGGACAUGAUACUCCAGGUGAGACCUCACCAGUGCUGAAAAGAGCAGAAAGUAUAUUACAUUGUCAAGGUAUUACAUUCACUGUUCUUCCCCAGUUUAUAAAGGCUGUCUCCUUAUAGAAGAAAAUCAGGUUGGCAAAGCAUAACUUGCUCUUGGUAAAUCCAUGCUGCUUGUUGCUAGUUGCCUUGCUCUCCUCUAGCUGCUUCACUGAGCUCCUUGAGGACCUGCUGCAUGAUUUCCUCAUGGAGAAAUGAUCUGUUAGGGGGAAAAAGGACAUCCCCAUAAUAUUUUUCCAUGCAGAAAAGUACCCUGUUAUGUUGACAGGCUCAAGAGUUAGGUGAAGGUACAGAAGAGUCAGUGUCUUGAAAUUUUAGUCUGUCCUAAAGGAAGUUUAAUAUCUGUAAAAGUAAUUUUCCUUCAACAGAUCAAGAGUCUUCAAGGCUUUCUUUAGUAAAGUUAAGUUGCACUAAAAUGUGUAUAGUGUAGUUGUUUCUAAUGGGACCCAAAAUCAGGUUUCAAUUGUUUCAGCUCUCUAUUCAAAGAGAAACAUUCCACUUAGAUGAGGAGAGGGACAGAUAAGUUUAAUAUAAGCUUCUUUUAUUCUAAAUGCACAUCAUUAGAAUUAAAAACAUAAGUAGUGUAAUUGAUGUUAAGAAGUUAAACUAUUCUUAGUGAUGUCUGAUUCAUGUUUUCAAGAUUUAUUGUAAUAAAUUGAUAAUUAUCAACUCUGGCACUCUUGCACUUCAUAGCAAGUCAAAGCCCUAAAUCACUAGGUAAAAAAUAAGUAAGUGAACUUAAGCCAGAGUUAACACUUAGCAUUAGUGUCUAAUAGCCAAAAACUGAAUUUCAUUUACAAGCUGACUCCUUUGGCUCGUGCACAUCCUGUAGCUUCACUUGCAUCUAUUCUGCUUAGGUUAUAUGUUUUUGGGGAUUUCAGAGGACUUAAUAAUUAAAAGAUACCAAACAAGAGAAUUAUGCCAUCAGACAAGUAUACAGUAAGUUAACUUGUUUUGCUCUAGUGAUUUUAAACCUUCAAAGAGAAGUAAUAUUCUCACUUCCAAGAGGGAAAGAAGUCCUACUUGGAAGGACAUUUGUUCAGCUUGAGAGACUGUCAACAUGGUUUUGAAAGACUAAAGAAUCUCACUCUGCCAUGGACAAUUAAAAGUUGAAUGACACCCUGACAUUUCAUGCAAAUCCUCAUUUUGGGUUAAGAAGCAACAAAUUGCAUUACAGACAGUAAUAGCCUGAUUUGGUAGUAACAACUAGGAAGAUCUAACUGGGUCUUCACUGCAGUACAGUGCUGUACAAAGGCAGUGAUCUACAUUAGAGAGAGAGAGAGAGAUGCAGAUACAAUGCAACAUUCUACUUGGCACUAGUUUUCUCUUUCCCUUGGGAGGAAGAAGAGAUGUGAUGUUUUCCUGAAGGGUUGAUGCAUGUAGAGCCUUGCUUAUUACUGCUUUUAGAAAGCUCUAUCCAAAUUACCAAGCUCUUCAAGUGAUAAGGCACUUUAGUGGACAGGUAGGAAAAGAAAGAAUAUGUUUUGAAUUGUCAUCCUUAUCUAUUAGAUGUUAGUCUUUAGCCUUUAUUUUGGAUAGAGCCAUGU